AAGAUUCAGUCCCAGACAGACUCCGUAUCAAAUAACACAACACCGACACGACAAGCAUACAAUUCCAAUCGAGAAUGAUUUCAAAGAUCAAGAUCUGGAGCCGCUCGCCGAUGAUUCCGGCCAGGGAUCACGGGUCAGCGAUCCUUCCGCCGGCAGAUCGGCCCGAACCCAUUCCGGAGCUGUGCGAGGAAAGGCCGGUGAUGGGAUGGCUGCUCGGCUGGGAGUACGGGAGGAAGUGGCUGGAGAGGCGCGAGGAGAUCCAGAGGCACCGCAACAUGGUCAGCAAGUUCGGCAGGAUUCCGGCGGACUUCGGCUGGUGGAUCAACCAGCGCAGGCCCCUCUAUGUGCGUCAACAGCGAUUCCGGAGCAAGGCCGGACCUCGUGCCCGGAAACAGAUCACGGCCUUCGAGAUGGCCAAGCAGCGGCGUGAGGAGCAGAACCGCAAGCUAUUGGAGAGCCAGCCCAAAAACCAGUAAAACACACACUCAUAAUAUCCAACCUGCCAAUAGAAGGGUAAACUCUGUCAAAAUUGCUAAGCCAAACAACUGUAAAUGUACGAGUACAACUAUGCAAUCGCAGUACAAGGAACUCCCUAUGAUGAUGCGCCAAUAAACACAGUUAGAAUGUUGAA